AUGUAUAGAUUAACUAAAGCACUAUUAGUGGUCAGUUUGCUGUUCAUUGACCGACAACUAGAUAACGAUAUACUCGCUCAGAGAAACACUUUUAAACAAAAUUAUGAUUAUAUAGUGGUCGGCGCCGGUAGUGCCGGCUCUGUAGUGGCCUCGAGACUAACAGAAAAUCCUGAGAUCAGUGUAUUAUUAAUUGAGGCCGGUGGUGCCGCACCUGUAGUAUCAGAUAUGCCAGCUAUGACUCCAAAAUUGUGGGGUUCGGACAUCGAUUGGCAAAUACCUAUUACCCCACAGAAACACUCGCACCGGGCAUUUAGUGGUCAAUCAGCUAAAUUAAGUCAGGGAAAAGUGAUGGGUGGCUCCGGUACUAUCAAUGCCAUGGCUUACGUACGCGGAUUCGUCAAGGAUUACGACGAUUGGGAACUGGAGUACGGGGUAAAAGGCUGGAAUUGGUCUAAAGUUUUACCGUAUUUUAAGAGAUCGGAAAACAAUACAAAUCAUUUAUUGAACCGAAAAUAUCACGGUUAUAAUGGACCGAUACAUGUGGUCAGUAUUGAUAAGCCGCGACCUAUCAAUAAGUUAACUAUGAGUGCGGCACAAGAGCUGGGCUACAAUGUCAUAGAUUUGAAUGAUCCAAACACUGAGGAAGGGGUGGCCAUACAGCAGAUGACUAUGAAAGACGGUUCUCGUUUUUCAUCUGCCAAAGCAUAUCUAUGGCCUGCAAAAGAUCGGCCAAACCUACAUAUAAUGGCCAAAAGUUUGGUUACGAAAAUUAAUUUUGAUAACAAUCGACGGGCUAUUUCGGUGAACAUAUUUAGAAAUAAAGAUAAACACAUGAAGUAUAUUAGGGCCAGAAAUGAAAUCAUUGUAUGCGCCGGUGCUAUCCAUACACCAAAACUACUGAUGCUUUCGGGUAUUGGUCCCAAAGAUCAUCUCAUUGAUCAUCAAAUACCUGUAGUGUCCGAUUUGCCAGUCGGUGAUAACUUUCACGACACUCCCGGCACAGUUGGCGUACAUUUUACAGUUAAUCAAAGUCUACAAUCACCUGAUCUGUCAGAAAGUGAUGUUUCAAAUUAUUUUCUCGAAGGAAAAGGAAGAUUAACACAUUAUGAAAAAACAUCCAUCAGAUUGAAAACAAGUGCAGCAAUAGAUAACAGACCAGAUAUACAGAUAUUUGGCGAAACUGGCAGUUGGGCCGACUUUCCCGAUGCCGACAGCGCUGCAAAAGCACUGAAUAUAAAACCCAAAAUCUGGAAUCAAUAUUAUCGCCCAUAUAGUGGACAGUCGACCAUAACAUUUACACUUUUACUUAAUCGGCCACUCAGUCGCGGAACAAUUCGACUUAAAAGUGAUAAUUUUAAUGACAACCCUAUUGUGAAUCCUAAUUAUUAUGACAAUAAACACGACAUUCAAUCAAUGGUUGAGGGCAUAAAAAUUGCCUGGAGUUUAGGUCAUACCAAAGUGUUUAGAGAUUUAUUAGAUGUCAAACCCUUUAUCAGUCCAUUACCGGGAUGUCCGGCUAUAACAGAUAAGGUUAAUAAAUUUAAUGGCAAACAUUUAAUACCUGAUAAGUAUUUAGAAUGUAUGGCUAAAACACUGACCAUAUCGUUCACACAUUUGGCCGGCACUUGUCGUAUGGGUGCCGACUUGACUUCGGAUAUGCCAGAAUGUCUAGCACCUAGGUACAUUCUGGCAUAUCCGAAGUCAAGUGCCGACACUGAUCCGACAGCUGUUGUCACUAAUCGACUAAAAGUCCGUAAUGUUUCCGGUCUUCGUAUUGUUGACUCAUCUGUCGCACCACAAGUACCUUCCGGUGCUUUCUAUUCACCCGUACUUAUGAUAGCCGAUAGAGGCUCUGAUAUAAUCAUUGAAGACUAUAAUAAUUUAAAGUCAUUAUCCAAAUAA